GUCAAAAGUAAUGGCAGCUUCAACAUAUGUUGUCAUAGCUAGAGUUGUUUGUCUAGUUACCCUAGCCAGUUUAGCUUUAGCCCUUGCCCCAAAGACCCAGUUACCAGAGAGACUACAGCCUUAUCUGCACCUCAUCAACCACACAUACUUUGAGAGAGCUCACAGUGAGCUGGUGUUGAGAGGGGAAUGGCAACUAUGGAAACGUAGUCAUAAUAAACGGUAUCCCACUGACAGGAGGGAUAUGGAAAGGUUCGCUGUGUGGAAGUCCAACAAAGUCUACAUUGACUAUCACAACCAGUUCAAGAAUGUGUUUGGGUACAACCUAGCCAUGAAUCAGUUUGGAGACUUGUCGGCUGAAGAGUAUCUGUACUACACCAAGUGCAUAGAUGGUGCUCACUACCUAGACCCAAAUAAGCACUUAGCAUGGGUCUCCUUUUUCGACCCGGAGGAAUUUGCUAACACAAGUCAGCCAGUCGAAAUCAACUGGAGGAGCCAAGGCAUUGUAUCGGAUGUGAAAAAUCAGGGUCGGUGCAGAAGUUGUUAUGCGUUUGCUAUCACAGGUGCCCUGGAGAGUAUGAAUGCACUGGCCACUAAAAAGAUUGUGCAACUCAGUGAGCAGAACAUUGUCGACUGCUCAAUUCCGUAUGGUAAUCGUGGUUGCAGUGGUGGCUCUAGACUCUCGUCUCUAAUGUACAUCAUUGACAGUGGAGGAUUGGACACUGAGACCACCUACCCCUACUUUGCCAGGCAAUCGCUGUGUCAGUUCAGCUUCAGUGGCUCAACUAGCGCGUGUACUGGGAUGGUGCGCAUACACAGGGGAAUGGAGAGUGACCUAGAGACUGCAGUUGGAUUGGUUGGACCAGUUACCGUGGGAAUUGACUCGAAACAUUAUUCAUUCCAGUUUUACCAGGAUGGUAUCUACGAUGAGCCUGAGUGCUCCUCGGAGAACCUCACUCAUACCCUGCUGGUGGUGGGCUACGGCACCGACGAAUAUGGGAAAGACUACUGGCUGUUAAAAAACAGCUGGGGUAAAUCAUGGGGCAAAGACGGCUACAUAAAGAUGACUAGGAACUCCAAUAAUCAGUGUGGAAUUGCAUCUCAAGCACUUUUCCCAUUAUUGUAGCUACUCUAUAUAUCUGUCACUGAUCAUUAUUUUCAUCUUUCAUCUCGCUUUAGAGCAUUCCAUGUACUCAAACGGCUCGUUGUGUUUCUAGUGGUUAUCGUUAUUGAUGUUGCAUUUGUAGUUGUUGUGAUGUCUUAUUGCCCUUAUAUAUAUAUACACAGUGUAUAUAGAUACCAAGAAUAGGUACUAGGUGCAGUAUAGAUCUAAUUCUAGUGAGUGGCAGCUGUGGAAUUGUGUAGGAAAAUAGAAUAUAAUUAUGCGUGUAUAAGUGUUGACACUAGCUAGCUAGCCCUAUAGAUCUACUAUUAUGGCACUGUCCUGCAUGAAGGAUGCAAUAGUUAGAGGUGAGUAUUUCAGUAUGGUUUUCUUACAUGUACAUAUCAUGAUUGUACCUAAUUUUAUCUGAAGCUGCUGUAUAAAAUCUACACCUAUUGGGUUUCCUCUCAUUACAUGAUGGACGAGAAGCUAUAUAUAUAGUGCAAGCAUGCAUCGGGCAGACGAGUUUUCCUGCUGUCAAAAGAUUUUGCUGCAUGAGUUGGGAUGAGGUUAGUCAAAUCUGUUGUUUAACAUGCAUACACUGUACAGUAUAAUAUGUAUAUACUACUAGAUCUAUAAUUAUAAUUCCCCCUGCUAGACUAUAAUAGUAUAUAUACAGGACUGCAUGGCCAUGCAUAUGUUAUAAAAUUACCCUAUGCUGUGCCCAGCACGCAGGGAUAUAUAGAGUGAUUGGUCACGUGUGUGUGUUGUGUACACAAAAUUGAGCUGUUUGAGUGAACUAGACACUUUCAUGGACUCUACUGCAUGAUAGUUGAAACUUGUAGGCGAUCUUCAAAGGCGACAAAAAACACUGUCUUUGCUUUUCUAGUUUCACAAUCAUUCUAAUAUUGAGGUCAUAAUGUUGAGGUCAUUACGAUAAAAAGUUAUAAUCUGUUUGCCGCUGAGUGAUGAAGCUCAAUGCACGGGGUGAAUGCUAUGAGCAUUUUGUUGCUGUUAUUACUCCAUGCGUGCGCAGCAGGGGUGUGUGCAUGUGUGUGUGUGGACACAAAAAUGAGCUGUUUGAGCGAACCAGACACUGAACUGCUUUAACUGCAUACUAAUGAGACAGUAGUUGAAAAUAAAACUUGUAGGCGAUUUUCGAAGGCGACAAAAAAUACUGUUUUCUAAUCGUUGCUUUAUAGAUUCACGAUCAUUCCCCUAAUGGGUGUAAUCACUGUAAUGGGUGCAAUUACUAUAAUGGGUGUCAUCACUGUAGUGAGUGUAAUAUCACCAUAAUCACUAUAAUCAUUCCCGAUUCACGAGCAUUCCCCAUUAUGUUAAACGAGCAUGCUGACUAUAAAAAGGCGUGCCCAGGACAGCUCCGACCGGAUGCAACGGGAAAAUGGCGAAAAUGAAUUUACUUGAGUCUUGCAAAAAGACGCCCUUGACAGUAUAAUGCACAUUCUUUACAUUCUUACGGUCUUCUUUUGAUACGCCUUCUUCCGCGCUCUCACGAGAUAGUAGACAUGACAUAACUUAAAACAAAAAAUGGCUGUCAAAAGUUUAAGUGUUCUCAACCUCAGAAGAAGCCUACUGGGGUCCACAGGAGCUUUGGUUCGAGACUGAAGAUACCAAGCAGGUCUUUGUUGAUAGAAUUGACAGUGCUAAGCGUUUAAUUUUCUUGCUGCCAGAGGUUCAUUGGCCUUGGAAAACAUGAAGAUUUGGCAAACUGAUGUUGUUGUUGAAGAAGUAACGAAGUGAAGUGUUGAAAGUCUGUAAGGCCAGGGAACACCUAGUGGGUUCGGGUAUCGUCCAAGCACCUCCUGAAGAACGGAAAUUGAUUGUACUACUAUUGUCGCUUUGAAGGACUACCCUCACUUGUUGACAGGACAGUCUUCCUGGCAUCAACCUAUGUAUAUAGAAAAUAAUCAAUUUCGUCAACUUUCUACAAUGCACAAUGGCGUAGUCUCAAGCCUCAAUGCCGUCUAUUUAUAUGCAAGAAAGCAAGGAAAACUCUUUGGAAGAGUUCACUGGAGUAAUGCUCACUGUAGCUAACCUGGAGCUGAAUAGACAUAGCCUUUUACUGUACCUACAGACCUACCUGAGCAUUAUUUAUUUGUCAGCCAUAAUCAUAAAUUUUUAUUUUUGUCUUUUUGAUUCUGGUAAAGAAGAAAACCCACCAGGAAUGUUAUUCCCCUCCCUUCUGUGUGUUUUUUUUUUAGUGUUCACGG